AUGGACCUUUUCCGGCGUCACAAGGGGCACCACGAGGUGAAGACAGACCAGUACUGGGCUCUUGGAUACUACUUUGAAAGCUUGAACGACGAACAGAAGCACCAACGCCGGGAGUAUCUGGAAUGGUAUGGGUUUGUCGCGCAAUGGUCGGUCCUGGUGGUAUUUUCGCUUUUUCAGAUUGGCUUCGCCUUGUCUUGGGUGAUGAAAACUGGGUUGAGGUACGAUCAGCCCAAAUCGCCAUCGUUCACCAAACAGCCAAGGGACAGGCUGGGGUGGCUGCGAAGUAUACAGAGCGGCUGUAACAGGAUGAUAUGGUGGAUGAAGAAGGAUGUCAUUAGAGGAUGGAAUUGGGGUACAAGAGGAGAAUGGAUUGGUGCCAGUAUCUGGAUGGUGUGGUUGCUAUACCUUUGCAUUGCCCAUACCGGCAAUGACUAUCUCCAUCUCACGAAGCGCUUCGGACAAGUUGGUGCAUCACAGUUGCCGAUCCAUUAUCUACUGGCGAUGCGAGCGCCCUAUAGCCCUGUGCAAUAUUUGACGCGGCUUUCUCAUGAGCAAAUCAAGGCCUCGCAUCAGAUACUGGGACGCAUCACAUUCUGUCUUUUCCUGCUCCAUACGGCCCUCUAUUUGAACUUCUUCGUUCUAUCCGGUUUCCUGGCAAAGCGCAUCAAGGAUUGGGACGUCAUUUGGGGCCUUGUCAGCAUCAUACUCUUCUCCACCAUCUCCACGACCGCCCUGGGAUUCGUACGAAGGAAAAACUACCGAGUGUUCUACAUCUCGCACAUCGCCAUCGCGAACUUCAUUGUUGUGCCUCUGUACCUGCACGUGUCACAUAUCCGCAUAUACAUAUACGAGGUUCUUGCGGUAGAAGCAUUACACGUCAUUUCUCGUGCUUUACGUCUGAGGAUGUACCAAGGUACUCUGAGGCUUCUUCCUGGCACUAAUCUCGUUCAAAUCCGCAUCCCAUUACCAGCAGAGAGCGCUGCGCUUACUUGGAAGCCUGGACAGCAUGUAUACCUCAGCAGGCCUUAUAUCAGAGGAAAGACUCCUACAUGGUACGACCAAUGGCUUAUGACAAAUAAGACGAACCCCUUCACUGUUGCUUCUCUCCCUUCAAAGGACAAGGAACUACUCCUCGUUGCAAGAACUCUCAACGGCAACACAAAGUAUCUGGGAGAGCUCGCACGCUCGUUAGCACAAGGGGGAGGCAAUGUGCCAAUGCUUCCUACAGCUGGCGGCGACAUUCCCAUUCUGCCAUUUUCUCUCGAAGGACCGUACGGAGCGUCAAGUCGCCUACCAGAUUUGUCGGAUUUUGACAAAGUACUUUUGGUAGCUGGCGGCGUCGGUGCAACGUUUAUCAUACCCAUUUAUCGGAGUGUUAUCGACUUGCAUGACCCUGCAUCUGCAGGUACGCAGAUCCGUUGCAUUUGGGCGGUUCAGAAGCUGGCCGAAACGCAGUGGGCGUUCCCUGCGAAUUCCGCAUCCGACGAUGAACACGAAGAUGAUGCAGCGGUCGGUACGAAUGAGACUGGUUUGUUGCACGGUUCGCGCAACGUGGAGGUUUAUGUUACACGGCCUUCAGGACCGAAUCUGCGAGCCGAUGCGAGCGCGGCUGGUGUUUUCGCUAUCGACCCGGACGAUGAGGAUGGGGAGGGCAUCGAGAUGCAGGAAAACGAGCAGCUGUUGGACAUGGAAGAGCAGAUGGAGAAGCCGCGAAAGGGGAUGCUUGUCAAGAGCGGGAGGCCGGAUCUUAGCAACGUGGUAGAUGAGGUGUUCAGCAAGGGUAUGAGGACGGCGGUAAUCUGCUGCGGGCCGAAGAGGCUGACAGACGAUCUGAAGAGGAGCGUUGAGGUCUGGGUGAAGAAGGGGCACGACGUUUUCUGGUAUGAUGAGACGUUUGGCUGGUGA